ACGGCACUGCGAUGAGCACACACACACACUUCGCUCUAUCUUGCCUUGGCAGCGAGGCUGUAGGGAUAUUGCGGUGUCUUUGAUGGCAAUAAGUUGGAGGAGAAGAGCAUAACCACACCGUUAGCCGCGGAAUAGUCGAGGGCUGGGUGGAAUAUGACGAGGAACCAUGUCGUUGAAACAAGACGGUGGUGGAAGGGUCCUCUUAUACCCCGUCUUCGCGGAAAGUGAGGUUGAAUAGAUGGUGUAUCGCCGAUCCGCGAGGACGCAGGAUCAUUAGUGUUUCGAUGGAUGAGUAGGGAUGGGAUUAGAUUCCUUGCCCUAACAUGAGCCCGCUUCAUGUCGUAAACGGGGAGUCGGGAUGAGAGAUUAUGUACCUGAGUUAGCUCUUUACAGCAGGGAAAGGGGCGCGACUUGAAGAAUGAAGAAAUGACUACCUACAUAGGUACCUAGUUAGCUUCAUAAACCAAGCACUUCAUGAAUCCUUCAAUAAUUGAUGUCCUAUAAAUAUGUGACCGUUUUCUUACUUCAAUCAAUGCCACUAUCGAGUUCUCGUACAUAUCCACAACGGCCUCGAAUCAUUCAACACUCAAUCAACCUGACGAGCCCCUCAACAAUCACGUGCAAAAACUUACCAGACCAUUCGGGAGAUCGUAUAAAAACUCAAGGCAUAAUUACCAAAAUCCACCCGCCACCAAUACGGAAGGUUGAAAAAAAAUAUUUCACUGACGAUCCAUUGCUGAUAAACGACCAUCAUGACAACCCAACGCAAACACUGCCCUUCUCCCGAUCAUUUCUAGGUUGAGAUAGAGAGGAGAAUGAUGCACUGCUACAAUGCAAUGUGCGGAUGGCAUCAGCAAAGCCCCCCACAACCCGGAGAUAUCCGCCUAUUGGAGAGUCCCCUAGUGUUGAAAUCUUCAAGUAGAAUCAUUAAUAAGCUAGAUAAAUAAACGAUCUUGCUUUUCCUAGUAUCGAUCGUCCUAUGCUGAUGCUUAACUUUUUGCUACCUAGAAGACAGAUGCCUUGCCACGUGGGGAAAGCCCAUAUUAACCUCAAUACGCAGUCUGAUUAAUACCCCCACGACCUUACAGAUCUACACAAAUUACAAUCGACAACUGAGCCCCUCUCCCCUCUCCCUCCAUGAACUACCAGAGAGUAAGUAAUAGUUAACUAAACGCCUGCCUUCUCGAAGCGGUGGCUGAACCAGUCCGCCAAGGAACUAAUGCAUCGGGGGAGACCUGGGUUAGUUAGUUAGGCACAGCCCAUCGAGGCACCUACUUUCCAUAGGGCUUAAAUUUAUUUGGCUGCCUGCACAGGCAUCCCCGUUUCAAUAGUAAUGGCAAUCAGAAUCGGCGGGGAGGUCCACUGCAAGGCGCAAUCGCAGAUUUAAAAAAAAAUACAUAGGUUGUUGUUUUUUGU